AUGCAGGCACAUGAUGCAUCCUUUUCUGCAAACACGACCAGUCAGGCAUGGGAAAAAUGUGGAAUUGUGUGGAAGGAGGGAGACUCUCACAAGUUGAAGGGGGUUGAUGUCUUUACAGAUGCCGAUUUCGCACCCAGUCACAAUACUUCAGUCCUUUCCCCAGUCCCCAGUUCCUUUCCAAAGCAACUGCCUUCUGAUUAUGAACCCUGGCCUGGAAGUGAGCCUGUUGAAGAGGAAGUUGGAGAGAACUGA